AUGGCGUACGAGAACCUGAAAUUCCAAGUCGUCUGGGUCGAGCUUCCCAACGUCGAAGCUCUAGCAAUACGUAUCGGAGCUCCCCCCACUGGUGUCAAACCCGACGGGAAAUCGCCAUUCUACACUAUACCCAUCAUCCAGGAUCCCUCUACUGGCGCCGUGGUAUCAGAGUCCGCCGCCAUCGCGGAGUACCUCGACAAGACCUACCCCACGUCCGGGCCGACGCUCAUCCCUGCAGGAACGAAGGUCCUGCAGCUCGCGUUCCGUGAUGCCGUAGCGGAGAGUUUCGUUCCGACACGUCCGUUCUUCUGGGGCGGAGAGAUAUUGAAUGAUGCAACAAGACUGUACUUGCUCAAGAGGCUGGAGGGACUAGGUGUAGGUCGUGAAGGUCCCAGAGGGAGAGGAGAGGGAGAAGCAGUGGGCGAAAGGUGCAGGCAGGGCUAG